GUGCACGUGCUCUGUGGUGCAGGCAGCAACUGCAAAAAGAAGAGAGGUUAUGAAGUGAUCUUUAAACUUAUAUGUAUUGAAAAGCUUUCCAAAAUGCCCCAAUCUGGUGCUACGCGCCACCAAAAGUUCCUUAAAUGUGAGAAGUCGAAAACUAAAUUAAAAUCCAAGAAGAAAGAUUUACCCAAAGGUACAAAUGUAACCAAAACGAAUUUCAAAGUUAAAAAAAUUGUUAUCAAAGAACAGUUGAAGAAACGGGGAACUAAUGAGGUAUUAUCGUCUAAAAAGCUUAAUUUAAAGGAUCUCUUGUCUCGGCUUAACCAUUUCAAUACUAAGUCUCGCGCUGAAGCCCUGGAUGGUAUCAAAGAGAUAAUAACACAUGCUGAUAUAUUAGAUCAAAAUCUUGGACAAAUAAUUUUGGCUGUAACUCCCUUGGUGUUAAACGUCGAAAAAGUGGUUAGACACGAGACUCUCAAAGUCCUUCAAUUAGUUUUAUCAAAUGUUGAAAUCCAGAAGUUGGACCCCUUCUUUGACAUAAUGGCCACCUAUUUAAGGAGUGCUAUGACUCACAUCGACACUAGAAUCCAAGAAGACUCUUUGCUAUUUUUAGACCUUCUGCUUGUUUGUACACCUGAAAAAGUUGUCCAAUACUUUCACAAAAUAUUACCAAACUUUUUGGAUAUGAUAUCCAAGUUAAGAAUAGAUUCCAAACCGGGUCGAACAUUAACUGUAAACUUGGGCAGUCAAAUAACAAGUGUGAAAUGGAGGGUCAAAGUCUUACAUAGAUUGAAGGAUUAUCUUUCUAAAUAUAUCAAUCUGAACCAAGUGCAAACUAAGGAGAAACCUAGUUCAAAACCUGCUCAAAAAUUUGAUGAGUCAAAGAUGAACAUCUACUCUUUAUUCAACCCGGUAUACACAUCUGUUUGUAGUGUAUCAUGCUUUUCUUCUAAAAACUCACAAGAUGUGGCACCCUUGGAUGAAGUGGAAAACUUUAAACAUUAUGUUAAUACUUUGAUGCCUCUGCUUUAUGAAACUUGGCUGGAAGUGUGCCCAAAGACUUCAUCAGGAAUGAAUAUUGAAACUGUCAUCAACGAGGAUGCAGCUACACUCAGGGCCGUCUUUAACCUACUAGGGGCCCUGGGCACUUCAGGAUCAACGGGGCCCUUUUCAUCUUGAAAAAGGUUUUCUUUGAGAGCAGACGGGGGCAAUGGCGGCGUAGCAUGGGUUGGCACCCGGAAUGAUCACCAUGCUUGGCACCCGGGGCAGACCGCCCCCACCGGAAUGUUAUCAUAAUUACCAAUAAUUUUAUAAAUAAAUCUCUAGCUAACUGUAUGUAAUGCAGUUUAUAAAAUGUUACAAAAUAAAUAAUUAAUAAUAUUAUGUAUGUAAUUUGUAAUUAAUUGUAUAGAUAGAAUUUCAUCAUGACAUGUUAAUGGUUCCUCCUGUUAAAUGUUAUUUUAUGUAUUAUUUAUUUUUAAAUUUUGUGUUAGUGUGCUUAUUCUGACAAGUUACCUACAUGAGAAAAUCAGUGUACCAUCUCCAGGUUUUCGAAGUUCGCCUGUUUUCUAAUUUUGUUACCCACUUUUUGGGCUCGAUUCUGUGGUAUAUUUCACAAAGCCAUCGUAUUUUAUAUUUCAUAAGCUAUGAGAGCCAAAAGGAAACAAAGACUGCAAAAGGAAUACAAAAUUGGUUUAGAGGAUGAUACCAGAAUUGAGCAUGAAUAUUUUUUUAUAGCUUACCUAUGCAAAAUUGUGUGACUAUUUUAUGGAAUCUAA